AAUCACAAGUAGUGUCUCAACCAAAAAAGCCCAAAUCAACGAAAGGUCCCAACGGUGCAAAACAGAACGACAAAGCUAAAACCUAAAACCAAAGCUUUAGAGAAAAUAAUAUUAGGAUCGGAAAACGCAAGAAGCAACGACGAGGUGCGCCUGCCACAGAGAGAGAGAGAGAGAGAGAGAGUCAGAGUCUCACCGCCGUGGUGGGUCGACGGUCCUUGGAUCGCCGGAAAGAAUGCCAGUUCAGGAUGGUAAUGUAUGAUUGGGCUUGCCAGGGCAUCUAGAUGUCUAUUAGGAUCUUGAGAGCACAAAGGUUUCAUUUUGUUGAAGAUGUCUUUAAGUUCGAAUAAUACACAAGUAACUGAGGUUGGGAAUUGUGGUGGCCGUCGAAAUGAUUCUUGUGAUAAUGAAUGUAAUGAAAGUUGUUUGAGAAAUGAGGAGGAUGAGGGAGUGGGGGAGGAGGAAGAUGAGGAGGAUGAAGAUGAAGAUGUGGAUUUCAACCCGUUUCUAAAGGAAGCCCUUUCACCGGAAGCUUCUUCGAGCUUGAGCUCUGAAAUUGAUGGUUUGGAUGGUGAUGUUGUUGACAGUGGGGGAAAGACUUUUGAUAAUAGUGUGGGAGUUAAUUUGUCGAAGCCAAGUAGUGCAGUGCAAAACUCGGCUGUUGGAGACUCUGAGCAUGGCGAGGAGGAAAGUGUGAUGCAAGCUUCGGUGUCUCUUGAAGGAGUGUGUGAGAAGGAAUUGAAAAAUUCUGUUUCCAGAAAUCCUAAGAAGAGAAAAUCUUGCUCAAACUCUCAACCAAAAACUGAUACUGUUCAAACAAAGGACAAUGGCAGUGAAAGUGAUUAUAUUGAUGUUUUGGUAGGAGAGUUAAGUAAUUCAACACAAUCCCAGAUGCCCAUAGUAGAUUUAGAGAAUGAGGAUGCUAUUUGCAAACGUACUAGGGCUCGUUAUUCCCUUGCAAGUUUUACACUCGAUGAGCUUGAGACUUUUCUUCAAGAAACUGAUGAUGAUGAUGACCUUCCAAAUGUUGACGAUGAAAAAGAAUACAGGAAGUUUCUUGCAGCUGUUUUAAAUGGCGGAGAUGGUGAUGGUCAGUCAAAUCAAGAGAAUGAAAAUGUUGAUGAUGAAGAUGAGGAUGAAGAUAAUGAUGCUGAUUUUGAGAUAGAACUUCAAGAGUUGCUUGAGAGUGAUGUUGAUGAAAGUCCUAGAGAUAAAACCAGAAAGGAGUUUGGGGGAGCUGGGCGGCGGCCAGAGACUAGGCAGAACAGGUGCCAAAAGAACUCUGCCCAAUAUAAAAAGAAGCUUUCAGGACAGGCAAAGAGGCCAUUACGUCCCCUCUUGCCAGUUUUGCCAAAUGGACCAACUGCAGUCUUCCCUACUAAUUGUGGGAAAACUUUGAUGCCUCAUUCAUGCACAGCAGAGGAUGGUUCUAUAAAUGGAUUUACACUCCAUCAAAUAGGCCAGUUACAUUGUUUGAUACAUGAACAUGUGCAACUUCUCAUUCAAGUAUUUUCUCUGAGUGUUCUUGACUCUUCUCGGCAACAAAUUGCUUCCCAGGUUCGGGGACUGAUUUUUGAGAUACUUCAAAAACGCAAUGAAGUAUUAGCCUGGAGAAGUGUCCCAUAUCCUAGUAUUUGCUUUAACCCUCCAUAUGUUUGCUCAUCAGUGCCAGAUGAACAUCCCAAAGUGGCCCCAGCACGAUCCACCUUAGAGUCAUGUCCUCCAUUUAAUGCACAAAGUGUAUGCUAUCCUGUAAAUAACCGGAUGUUGGCUUCUCAAAACAUGUCUCCUUCUAAAGGAAGAUGUGUACGUGUUUUCAAUGAGCAAUUGGGUUCUUUCCAAAACAUCGAGGACACCUUUUGGGUGCCUUCGAUAAAUGGUCCGGUACUGUCCAUCUUGGAUGUGGCUCCACUCAAUUCAGUUGGGAGAUAUAUGGACGAUGUUUAUACUGCUGUUCAGGACUAUCGACAUUGUCCUGUGAAAUCUAGUAGUGAUGCUCCCUUUGAAAGAGAACCACUGUUUCCCCUUCGUUCUUUCCCGUUGUAUGCUGAAGCUAAUUCUGAAGUUUUAAGGGGACCCAUUACCUCUGCUGUUAACAUGGUUUCAUCUACACCCAGUCAACAACCGCCUAAAAAAACAAUGGCUGCUGCACUUGUAGAAAGCACCAAGAAGCAAUCAGUUGCUUUAGUUCCCAAGGAAAUUGUAAAGUUAGCUCAGAGAUUUUUUCCUCUCUUCAAUCCUUCAUUAUUUCCACAUAAGCCACCCCCUGCAGCUGUUGUAAAUCGGGUGCUUUUCACCGAUGCAGAGGAUGAGCUGUUAGCACUGGGGUUGAUGGAAUACAAUACAGAUUGGAAGGCUAUUCAACAGCGCUUUCUUCCAUGCAAAUCGGAGCAUCAGAUUUUUGUUAGGCAAAAGAAUCGUUGCUCAUCUAAAGCGCCAGAAAAUCCCAUAAAGGCAGUUCGGAAAAUGAAAACCUCUCCGUUGACUGUGGAAGAGAUAACUUGUAUUCAGGAGGGACUUAAGGUUUAUAAAUUAGAUUGGAUGUCUGUGUGGCGAUUUGUUGUCCCACAUAGAGAUCCAUCCUUACUACCUCGGCAGUGGCGUGUUGCCUUUGGAACUCAGAGGUCAUAUAAGCAGGAUGCAGAAAAAAAGGAGAGGCGGCGGUUGUAUGAGUCAAGACGAAGAAAGAACAAAACUGCAGAUUUGGCAAGUUGGCAAACUGCAUCUGAAAAGGAGGAUGAUCAGGCUGAAAAUGCUGGAGAAGAUAAUAAAAGUGGAGAUGAGAGCACAGAUAAUGCAGGGGAAGGUUAUGUUCACCAGGCGUUUUUAGCAGAUUGGAGGCCGGAUGGCUUCAGCCUCAAUUCUUCUGCACUUCCUUGCUCAAAUGUAAAAGACAAAAGCAUUCCUGGGAAUACACUAUCACAAGAGGGUUCUCAUAUGAGGGAACAGCAAAUUUAUGAUGGGUCUAGAGAGGCUCAACUCCAGACUGGUAUCAUGCACAAGUUUUCACCUUCGUCACAGUGUACCCAGCACCCUUAUAUUUCAUCUCAGUUUGCUAGUGCUAGAAAUGGUACAUCUAAUAUCAUGGAGCCAAAUCAUCCAGCUUCUGGUAUGACGUCAAAUAACAGAAAAUCUCAAUUCUGGUUUCGGCCUUAUCGUGCUCGUAAAAAAAGUGGUGCUUCUAAUUCUCACUUAGUGAAAUUAGCGCCAGACUUGCCUCCUGUGAAUCUUCCACCAUCUGUUCGUGUAGUCUCUCAGACAGACUUCAAAGGCUUUCAGUUUGGAGCAUCUACCAAGAAAUCUGUGCCUGGAGGUAUUGGUAAUUCUGGAAUAGAAAAUUUAGUUUCUGGAGUUCCUCAUGCUAUGAAUUUGGGAACCACCCAUUUAGUAAAAACUGUACGGAAAAAAAAUAGUCCACUGAAAGACAAUGUUAGAUAUUCCCAUAUAGAAGAAUCUGAAGUUGCUAAGAAUAAAUGUAUUCCUGUGGAAAGACAGAUUGAUUCUGAUCUUCAGAUGCAUCCUUUACUGUUCCAGUCCCCUGAAGAUGGACAUCUGCCCUAUUACCCAUUGAACUGCAGCACUAGCACUUCCAGUUCUUUCAGUUUCUUUUCAGGAAAUCGGCCUCAAUUGAACCUAGAUCUCUUCCAUAAUCCUCACCCAGAAAACUAUGUUGAAGGUUUCAAUAAAUCUCUGAAGUCAAAGGAAUCUGCAGUAUCUUCUGGCAUUGACUUCCAUCCACUGCUACAAAGAACCGAACAAGUAUAUACUGACUCAGUAAGUACUGAGAAAGCUUUUGAUGCUGUCCAGACUGAGUCACUAGUAAGUCGUGGUCUGGCUACUAGUGUUAAUCCACCAAGUCCUAUGGAGAAAGCUAAUGAACUGGACUUAGAGAUCCACCUAAGCUAUACAUCCAGAAAUAAGAAAGGCAUGGAAAAUAGAGAUGUGACUGCAUGUAAUCCAACUAUGUCAGUAGUGGCAGCAUCACACUCUGGGUCUACAACGAAAUCCCAAAACAUCAAUGGCCCACAUUAUGAGCAGGGUGAUAUUUGUCCCACAGUCAGUACUAAGCUUGUUUCAGGUGGCCAUGGAUUGGCAAUACCAAGUAAUAACAUCAGCAGAUAUCCCAUGGAUGAUAUGGGUGACCAGUCUCAUCCAGAGAUUGUGAUGGAACAGGAAGAAUUGAGCGACUCUGAUGAAGAAAUUGAAGAACAUGUAGAGUUUGAGUGUGAGGAGAUGGCUGAUUCUGAAGGAGAGGAUGGAUCAGGCUGUGAACAAAUUGCUGAGAUUCAUAAUAAGGAGGGCCAGAAUAUCGCUUUGGAAAAUCUAGCAACAGGUGCAGCUAGUAAUGAUACACAAAGCGAACCAAGGACCCAUUGUGAUCCUCAAGGCGAUGUUCAUGUCCUUGGAAAGGACAUCACUCCUUCCCUUGAGUUGGGUUUGUCUAAUCAAGGGAUGGAUGAUUCAAGUAAUUUUUCUUGGUUGAGUUUAGAUUCAUGUGCACCAGAUCGUCUUUUGAGCACAAAGCCUAGUCAUGAAGAAAGUACAACCGGUGAAGGUCCUAUGUCCAAAAAUUUAUCUUCGCUUCGUCCCAACAGAUCUUGCAAGAAGAAAAAAACAAGCAACACAGAUGUUACAGUGCAGAAACAUGCUGUGGUCAUGGCAAAACAGCUCAGCCUUGGUCCUCUGGCUACUCCCACAAUGAAAAAAUCAAGGAAGCGUGCAUGCAGAUCUAAUACAAGUUUGAACAUGGGAUUGACUUUUGAAAGCUCCAGUGGUGAUGGUAAAGAUAGACUUGGUUGAUUGCUGAUCUGUCCAUGCUAACCAGGGUUGGUUGUAUUUCCUCGGAUUUCGGCACCCAAGAGGUGUCGGAGUGGAAGUAGAGAGGUGAGGAAAUUUGAUCUUCAUGGAGUCCUCAUCUUCCCCAACACUUGAAUUAGGGGAUUCUGGUGAUUCAAACAUCUGCAUACAAGGCUAGGAUGAAGGUCUCCGUCUGCUCGGUGAAUAUUUUUGUGAAUUGAAUGAGAAACAGCAGGAGUGAUUUGGGGAAGCUGGGGUAAUGGGCUCUAGGUAUGCAUUUCACAUAGGCAGUUAUUAUGUUAAUCCAUUGGUUGAUGUAAUAAUAUCAGUCAGUUUGUUUUGAUAGUUAGGUUUGUGUACAGACAUUUUGCAUGUAUAUUCUCCAUUGAUCUCUCAUAACAAUGAGAGUAGCUGUUUUUGCUAACAUAAUGUAGUUUCACGGAAUAGCAGAAACUGUUUAUAAGUCAUAACAAUCAAAGAAAAUUUCACAGUUCUACUAA